AUGGAUCCUCUGGACUCAAUGCUGAAUGACCCCCUGGAUCUGGGGUCGGGUGUGGAUAACCGUAGGGUUCCCAUCAUGGAGGAGUGUUUGCUGGGAGGAACCAGAGUCAACCUUCCUGAAGACCUGCUGGAGGAUCCCGAGUUGUUUUUCGAUGUGGUCAGUAUGGAUACGUGGAAGAACGUCCUGUCUGACUCUCAGCGGGAACAUCUCAGGCAGUUUCUGCCUUCUUUCCCGGAGGACAACACCCGCCAGCAGGACGACAUCAUCCAAGCUCUAUUCCGGGGAGAUAAUUUCCGCUUCAGCAACCCACUUCAAACUGCGCAGAAGCUCUUCCGAGAUGGCCACUUGAACCCAGAAGUAGUGAAGUACCGCCAGCUCUGUCUGAAGUCCCAGUACAAGCGUUAUGUCAGCUCACAGCAGCAAUAUUUCCACACCCUGCUCAAACAGAUCCUGGCCUCCCGGAAGGAGCUUUUGGAUCUUGCCAGAAAGAACGGUCCAGACCUGGUGAUGAAACGGAAAAACCACUUCUCCACGAAACACACCGGAGGAGAGGGAGAGGCGUGCACAGCGGCGGUACCUGAAGAUCCUACGAGAGGUGAAAGAGGAGUGUGGAGAUGGUACACUGUCCUCGGAGGAGGAAGAUUUGACCUCUUGGCUCCCAGGGUCGCCCACCAGUUCUCCAGGUGCUAGCGUACCACUCCGCUCUGUCCCCACUCUGUCCACACAGGACAUGAAAACAGCCGAUAAAGUUGAUCUGACAGAGCGGGAUUUGAAAAUGAUGCUCAGGAGACAUCGAGAGAAACGGAAGCUUCAGCCAGAUCACCCUGAUCUGAUGAUGGAAGAGAUCUCCAUGAAUGACAUAAUGACUCGUGUCAAUGCUGGCCGUAAGGGAUCUCUAGCAGCACUUUAUGAUUUGGCCACAAUGAAGAGACGUGUAAAAGAACGGGACGAGCGAAAGAAGAAGAAAAUGAAGCCAAUAAAAACGGAACCGGAGGAUUUCCCAGAUGCUCCUGAAGAAGCGGAUAUAAUGCCAGCCCUCCUUCCUUCUGACUCACUCAACCUGACCUCUGUGAAAGAAGAGCCCAUGGAGGAUGUGAAGCCACCUUUGCCCUUCAAUGAGAUCUCAGCCAGUUUUUUCAGUCUCCUGCUGGAUAUACUGAUGGCAGAGGGGCCCUCCAGUCUCAUUCUGCUGGAGGAGAAGGUGUCCCUUUGGCAGGUCUCGCCCGCCAGUACCCUGAACAGCUGGUACUCUGCUGCCUCAAAUUGGUGUGACCUGAUUCAGUCUGCCCUUCUAUGUCUUAGCGGAGACAGCAAAGGUGCUUUGUCUGGUCUAACUCCCUAUGUAGAGUUCAGGGAGAAGACGCAGCAGUGGAAGUGUCUUGUACCCCCUGCUGAUAAUGAAAAGGAUCUCAUCGCUCUUUUCCACCUUUGGCUGGAGACAAAGGAUCACAUAUUCACGAAGGAGGAGGAGAGCCCAGACUCCAGCACCCCCAUCCCCAGAGUAAGGACUGACUACAUUGUGCGGCCAAGUUCUGGAGAUGAGAAGCGGAUUUUCCAGGAACAGGAACGGCACCGCUACCUCCAGCCACACAAGGCCUUCACUUUUCGUAUGCAUGGAUUUGAGUCUGUAGUGGGUCCAGUGAAAGGUGUAUUUGAUAAGGAGACAUCCCUGAACAAAGCUCGCGAACACUCACUGCUGCGUUCUGAUAGGCCGGCUUACGUCACCAUCUUGUCUCUUGUUCGUGACGCAGCGGCCCGUUUGCCAAAUGGUGAGGGUACACGUGCUGAAAUUUGUGAACUGCUGAAGGAUUCCCAGUUUCUGGCACCUGAUGUUACCAGUGCCCAGGUUAACACGGUGGUGAGUGGUGCACUGGACCGGCUGCAUUAUGAAAAAGAUCCAUGCGUGAAAUAUGACAUUGGACGCAAGCUGUGGAUCUACCUCCAUCGUGACCGCAGUGAGGAGGAUUUGGUAAGUCCUCUGUCAAUAAACUCUACUUUU